AGACUCCAACAUCACGCUAAAGCAAGUUGUUUGUGCCAGACUGCCAGUUGCUCAGCAGCAUUUGCCACAGUUGGUCUUGCAUACACAUUUAAAAUUUGAAAAUAAAACAUUAAUUAUUUAACUCAAUAUAUAAGCUAACAGCCAAAAUAAAACAUAAAUUAAAUACAAUAUAUUUCAUUCAAAUAAUUAUCAAUUAACAUUAAAUAAAUGUGAGUGAUUUACAAAAAGAAAAAAUCAUUAUUACUUUUUUAUAAACAUUAUAUUUGACAGAUGAUAUAAAUAUAAAUAAAAUUUAUUUAUUUAUUUUGAGAGCUUAAUUAGUUUAUUCAUUAAAUUAAUUUAAAAAUACCUGUCAAUAGUGAUUUUAAUAAUUAGGGGUGGAUGAAAAUUGAACUUUUAAAAUAAUGCUCCAAAAAGAUACAAUAAUUUUGUGAAAAUUAAAAAACGAAAAUAUUAUUUCAAAAUAAACAUUUUAUUAUUAAUUAAAUUAAUUAAAGUGUUAUUUAAUUGCUAUUAUUGUGAUAUUUUAUAUAUAUAUUUAUUAAGAUGAGUUGCUGUAAAUUAUCAAUAUUUUUAAUCAUCGCUGGACUUGUUUUUUAUGCUACUGGAAAUCCAACAGUGACACUUUCAAAAGAAAAUUGUCGAAAGAAACAUGCCGAAUGUUCAGUGUCAAAUGGUGUUAAUAAUGUACCAGUUUGUGGCAGUGAUGGUGUAACAUAUCCAUCAGAAUGUCAAAUCAUCACAAAACAAUGCCAGGGUGUUGUAAUAUCUAUCAAACAAAGUGGUCCAUGUCCAGAAACACCACCGUGUUUUUCAGCAAAAAUUGCAAUGAAACCUGGAUCUCAACCAGCUUGUCGUGCAGAUGGUACAUAUGAGCCAGUACAAUGUCACGUGGAAACAGGAUAUUGUUGGUGUGUAACACCACAAGGACGUCCACUACCUGAUACAUCAGUUAAAGAUAAUAAACCAAAUUGUGAUGAAAUUGAUUUAUUAUCAUCAUCAUCUUCAUUAUCAUCAUCAUCAUCAAAACGAAAUUCAUACAAGAGCAAACCAAAAAUGAAUAAUAACAAAAAUGAUAAUAAAAAUUCAACUAGUUAUAGUCCAGCUCGUCGUUCACCAAAUAAAAUUAGAGUACCAAAAUCUAAAAUAGCAAGACAUCCAAUGAGAGAAUGCUCACAUCAAGAAAAAUCAGAUUUUAAUAAAAAUCUCAUUGAUUUAUUUAAAAUUGAAUACAGAAGAAUAAAUAGUUCAGAUGGUGAUCAAAAUAAUGAACGUGUUUUAUCAUGGAAAUUUUCAACACUGGAUAAAGAUGCUGAUGGCCAAUUGGAUAGUGAUGAAUACAAAGAGCUAAAAAGACUUGCUAAAAAAAAUGUCAAGCCAAAAAGAUGUGGUAAAACAUUUUUAAAAACAUGUGAUACUGAUGAAGAUAUGUAUUUAUCUAAAAGUGAAUGGACUACUUGUCUUCGUAGUGAUUUUACAUAUGGAAGACGUGAAGUAACUGGUCUCCAUAAAACCCGGGCCCUGGACCAAGUGUUGAAAGAAGCUCCAGUACAUGAAAGACCAGGCCUAGUUGAUGCUACUCCUGAUCAAACUGAAAAUGAUGCAAAUGAUUGUCUUUCGGAUAGAAAAUCAGUUCUUGAUGAUCAAAUUGAAAGUUCAAAAGAAAAAAAAACAGUAUAUGUACCAGAAUGUACACCUGAUGGAAGAUAUAACAAAAUACAAUGUUAUUCAGGUUAUUGCUGGUGUGUACUUCAAGAUACUGGUAAACCAAUACCUGGUACAUCAUCAAAAGAUGGCAUGAAACCAAAUUGUAAUCCAGUACCAUCACCAAGUAGAAUAAUGAAAGGUUGUCCAGAAGAUACGAAACAAGAAUUUUUACGUAAUCUUGUUGAUUCAAUUGAAGAAAAAAUGCAACAAUCAAAUACUAAUGCUGAUCAAGUUUCUGAUAAAUUAUCAGCAUCAAGAGAAGAACGUAUUGUAACUUGGCAUUUUUCAAUGCUUGAUGAAAAUAAAAAUAAAGUACUAGAUAAAAAAGAAUGGAAAAAUUUUCGUACACAAGUUAUGAGUGAUAAAAAAUUACGUAAAUGUGGUAAAAAAUUACCAAAAUAUUGUGAUGUUAAUAAUGAUAGAUCAAUCAGUAUGACUGAAUGGCUCAGUUGUCUCAAUGUUCAUCGACCACCUCUAGAUGAUAGUGAGGAAAAAAUUUCAACAAAUAAACCAAGAAAAGGACCGAAUCCAUUGGAACAUAUACUCAAGGACAACUAAAAGAUGUCAUGUGAUACAAAACCUUAAGGAGAAAAGAAAAAAAAUUAUUAAAAUUAAUUAAGUUUUCGUUAAGUUAAUUGUUUCCCUGAAAUUUAUAUUUUCCCUCCCAACCUUUAUUAUUAUUAUUUUUAUUAUUAUUAUUAUUAUUAUCAAUAUUAUUAAUAUUAUUAUCAUUAUAAUGAUAUAAAUUUUCUAGAUCUUAUUGGAUGAUUUAUUUGAGUAUAUUAUAAAUGUAAACAACACGAUAGAAGUAUUAUGUACGUAAUUGUAAUUAAAAAAUAUGUGUAUGUAUAUUAUGCAUGUAAAAAAAAAGGUGCUUGAUUGAUAUUUAAAAGCACAAUUAUUUUUAUCAUGCUCAUAAAUAUCUACUGUUGUAAAAAAAAAAAUUUUAAAAAACAAAAAAAAAAAAAAAG